AUGUCGCCGCGCCUGCUCGGGGUGGUGGGCUGCGGCUCGGCGGCAGUGCUGGGACUGCUGACGGUGGCCGUCUUCGUCCUGGUCCUGAUUCCGGCAAAGGAUGCUGUUCUUGCUACCAGGAUCAAAUACAGUCUGGUGUUUGAUGCUGGCUCCACACACACGUCCCUCUACAUCUACCAGUGGCCUGCGCACAAGGAGAACGGCACCGGCAUCGUCUCCCAGGUGGAGGCCUGCUCUGUGUCCGGACCCGGCAUCUCCAGCUAUGCAGACGACCCCGCGGGGGCUGGCACCAGCCUGAAGCCUUGCCUGGACAAGGCAAUGAAGAUCAUCCCGGCCGAGCAGCAGCGGGAGACCCCCACGUACCUGGGGGCCACGGCCGGCAUGCGGCUGCUGAGGGAGGAGAACAGCACCAAGGCCGAGCAGGUCUUUGCCGAGGUGUCCAAGGCCAUCGGGGAGUACCCUGUGGAUUUCCGCGGAGCUCGGAUCCUGACGGGGAGCGAGGAGGGCUCCUUUGGCUGGAUCACUGUCAACUACCUGCUGCAGACGCUGGUCAAGUUCUCGUUUGCAGAGAAAUGGGAACAUCCCCAGGACACCGAGGUUCUGGGAGCUCUGGACCUUGGCGGUGCCUCGACGCAGAUCACCUUCCAGCCCGGGGUCCCUGUGGAGGACAAGAACACGUCCGUGUUCUUCCGGCUGUACGGCACCAACUACUCCCUGUACAGCCACAGCUACCUGUGCUACGGGCAGAGCCAGGCCCUGAAGAUGCUUCUGGCAGCUCUGCACCAGGCCAGCUCGAGUGCUCAGAUCUCCCACCCCUGCUACCCCCGGGGGUACCAGGAGAACCUCACCGUGGCAGAGCUCUACAACAGCCCCUGUGUGCAUGCGCCAAGCUCAGCCAGCCCUGGCCAUGUCCUCAGGGUGAUGGGGACAGGGAACCCAGCCGAGUGUGGCACGGCCGUGCAGAGACUCUUCAACUUCAGCUGUGGGGCGCAGUGGCCGUGCGGGUUCAAUGGGGUGUACCAGCCCCCUGUGCGGGGACAGUUCUUUGCCUUCUCGGGGUUUUAUCACAUCCUUCAUUUUCUGAACCUGACAGGAGGCCAGUCCUCGAGCUUGAUUAAUGCCACCAUCUGGCAGAUCUGCAACAGCAGCUGGGAACAGGUGCAGGAGUUGUUCCCCAGAGCGAGCAGGACCCAGCUCUGUGACACCUGUACAACCAGCUCCUUCACCCUCACCCUUCUCCUGCAAGGCUACAAAUUCAACUACACAACAUGGCCUAACAUCCACUUUGUCUGGCAGGUUGCUAAUGUAGAUGUGGGCUGGACUCUGGGCUGCAUGCUCAAUCUCACCAACAUAAUCCCCUCAGAGCCUCUCACAGCAGUCAUAGAGCUCCCAAGAAGCAUCUGGAUAGCAGCCACAGUUCUGCUGGCCAUCAUGCUCAUCCUCACCUUGUGCCUGCUCACAGCCAUGUGCUAUCAGAGAAGCUCCUCAGGCUAUGAACAGCUGUAG